GCGCGGCGCGGGCCCGCCUCAGAGCCCUUCCCGGGCCUGCCCAGCAACCGCCACCGGCCGCCCCGCUAGCGUCGCCCCCGUCCCGCCCACUCACCGGCCGCUGGGCAGCGCUCCCGCUUCGGGCGGCUUGGCCCCUGCGGCUGCCCCGGCUGUGAGCUGCCCCCGGAGAGCUGGUCCGUAGGUCGCUGCCCAGGGGAGGAGGAGGAGGCUGGAGGCUGCUUUCAUCUCCUGGUCCGCAGCUGCUGGAAGUUAGUUGCGGCCAAAAUCCUUCUGUUUGGAUUCUGAACUAUGACAUCAUGGCAAGAUUUCGCAGAAGAACAUGCAUCAUUUUGUUGCUUUUUAUUUUGUUUAUUUGCUCCAUAAUGAUGGCUUUGAAGACUCUGAGACCUGACAGAGCUGGCUUUGGGGACCCGUUUGGACUGGGUUUGUUGCCCGAGCUUCAACAACGGACGGUGCUGUUGGACAAUAAACAGAAUUCACUAAAUAGGAUUCAAGGAGACACUGCAACACGUGUCAGUAACUCCCAUGGUAUCGCAGUCAAUACUAUGAAAGCAUCUAUGCCUCCUGCAAACAAGCCGGAAGAAGAGCUGUCUUCUCCUAAUUAUAACUUUCAUAUAUUCUACUAUAGUUGGUUUGGGAAUCCACAGUUUGAUGGUAAAUAUAUUCACUGGAACCAUCCAUUGUUGCCACACUGGGAUCCCAAAAUUGCAAACAAUUAUCCAAAGGGAAGGCAUAAUCCUCCUGAGGACAUUGGGGCCAACUUCUAUCCUGAACUCGGAUCUUACAGUUCCAAAGACCCUUCAGUCAUAGAAGCCCACAUGAAACAAAUGCGUUCUGCUUCAACUGGUGUAAUAGUGCUUUCAUGGUACCCACCGGGUAUGGCUGAUGAAAAUGGAGAACCAACAGAUGAUUUGGUGCCUGUUAUUUUGGAUUAUGCAAACAAAUAUAAUCUAAAGGUCACUUUUCAUAUUGAACCGUACAAAGACAGAGAUGAUCGCAGUAUGUACCACAAUGUCAAAUACAUCAUCGACAAAUAUGGAGGCCAUCCAGCCUUUUACAGGCAUAAGACCAGCACGGGCAGAUUUCUCCCCAUGUUUUAUGUUUAUGAUUCUUACGUAACAAUUCCUGAAAUAUGGGCAAAUCUGUUAACUGUUUCUGGAUCCCAGAGUAUCCGAAAUACUCCGUACGAUGCGUUAUUCAUUGCACUUCUGGUAGAAGAAAGACAUAAGCAUGACAUUCACAGAAGCGGCUUUGAUGGAAUGUACACAUACUUUGCCACCAAUGGCUUCUCCUAUGGCUCGUCUCAUCAUAAUUGGGCAAGUUUAAAAGCCUUUUGUGAUAGUAACAACUUAAUGUUUAUUCCAAGUGUGGGCCCGGGGUAUAUUGAUACCAGUAUCCGACCCUGGAACAACCACAACACCCGGAAUCGCGUCAAUGGGAAGUACUAUGAGACUGCCUUCAGCGCUGCCCUGCUGGUGCGACCAGAAAUUAUUUCCAUUACAUCUUUUAAUGAAUGGCACGAGGGAACUCAGAUUGAAAAAGCUGUCCCCAAACGGACUGGACAGGUGGUUUACCUUGAUUAUAAGCCUCAUAAACCAAAUGUUUACCUAGAGCUUACUCAGAAGUGGUCUGAGAAGUACAGAAAAGAACAAGAACAGUGGCUUAUGUGAGCUGUUGCUGCUGCAGUUGUUUCCUAACGAAAUGAAUGCAUUAAGAAAGAAAUUGAGAGCUGAAAAAUCUGUUAUUAAAUGUCUUUAUUAUAGAUAUGUUCAAAUUACUAUAUCUCUUGAAUGUAUAUGCACUACUACUGAAUUUGAAUUUUGAAGACUAAAAAGGUAAGAAUAUUGGAUUUCUGUCUUGCUAGAUAUUGUAAUUCAAGAAUAUUCAGGGAAAAUGCUGGUUUUCUAGUUCUUUUGGUUUUGUUUUUUUUGUUUUAAACUUUGUAACAUGCAUGCUGAGCUUCCGAAACAUCUGCAUGGGAUACCUUUACAUGACCAAAGUAGAACAAAAAUUUGGCAUACUUAUUCCUUUAUUCUUACAGUUGUGUUUCUAAUCAAAGUGAUGCUGUAAUCUGAAUUUUUGUCCGGAUAGCUUCUUGCAGGAUGCAUGUCUGCAGUGUGUGGAAUAAUCUACAUCUACUGUUAUUAAUGCUUUGCACACAAGGAGUUUUUGAUGUAUGACUGGCUUGUGGUUAAAACACUGGACAGGUAUGUGUGAUACAACACUAGUGGGGUUUGGUUUUUUGGUUUUUUUUGUUUGUUUGUUUGUUUGUUUAAGAAAGUAAAGUAUUUGAAUGAUUGAGUUCCAAAGGACUGCUGACAGAUUUCGAGUUCACUUCCACUUGUUCUGUUCAGUACAGACUUUUCCAAACUAAUGGAUACUUACAAGUAGCAUGUUUUUUCCUAUGUUACUUUGAAAUAUAAAAAAAAAUAAUUGAAGCAGAGAGUAGAAAAGAUUUUUUUGAGGGGGAAAAACCCCUAAAGAUGCAAAAAAUAUACUAAAACUUCCAUUGCUAUAUGUUUUCUGCUAAUUGCAGACACAGUUCUAGUGUAUUUUUUUUAAAUGUUUAAAGUUUCUAAAGCUGAUAUCUUACUAGUCCUCCAAUAAAUAUAAUUUUAGGGAAUGCUUUUUCAUUUAUGAUUUAGGAGCAGUCUAGUUUGAUAGCAAUGUCAAAAACUAUACAUUACUUUAAUUUGAAAUCUGAGAUUUCUGCUUUUCAUAUAGUUUGUCUGGUUGUUUCAGGAUAGUAGAUACUAACAAUUUGUUAUUGUUCAGAUAAGCUCUCUAUCAACACUACCUUUAGUACUGUGGUGUGGCUGGAAAUGAGUAUUUUCAGAUCUGGGAAUCUCACCUUUCAGCUGUUGUGAUUAUUAACUGUUUUUCUUAAUUAAGCUUGAGAGGGUCAAGUCACAUGGAUGAGUCUCCUCAGCAGUCCUUUUUUUGGCAUUUUCUUUCAACUUCAUAGUAAAGUCCUGAACUUUGGUAUGGUAGAAAUUGCAGUUUUAUUUGCAGCAAGUGUUUAAUCUGUAGUAAAGGGCCUUUUUCUUAGUUGUUGUUGGUUUUUUUUAAAUUAUUUAUAUACCAGGUGCUGAUCCUGUGUUUUACUUCAUAUGCUGAACUGUUGUGACCACUAGAAUUGCAUUGAUUUCAGCAGGACCCAUGGAGAUUACACUUUUUACUCGAUUCUCACAGUAAUUUGCCCAUGAGGCUGUAAGGUGAAUGUGAGGACUUCAGGGUAAAAAAGGAAACAAACCAAAAAAGAAAACGGUAUUUUUUUUCCAGAAACCUUUAUCAUUCCAAAUAAACAUAAAUCACUUACUAGUAAUAUUUUCUAGAGUCUUUCUGUUAUGAAGAAGUUUUGUUUAUAUAUCUUUCACUUACAGUUUAAUUGUCUUGUCAUUUUUCUGCAGUUGUUAAAGAGAUGAGGUGUCAUAUAAUGCCCAGAGCUGCUUGAAAAAAAUGCAGAAAUGGGGUGACAGAUAUAUAACCUGGCGUGUUGGAGUGCGCCUCUAGAGUUGUUGGAAUCUUAUUAAUAUCUCUUCAGAAUAUUUUGCAUUUUCCUACUGAGUUUCUGUAAACUCCAAAGUGCUUCUGAAAUAAAUGUUUACUAAUGCUUUUUUUUUUUUAUACUUAUGCUCAGGUGGAUAAACUGAAGUAGAUAUAUAUAUGACCACAGUCACAAAAUAGUGUCUGAGACACAUGAAGCACUUGCUAGACUUUUACCACUUCCAAGUUAACCACUUCUUUUAUUUAGGAAACUGAUUUACACGUUUUUACUAUGUCCCUUAAAUGGCUAUACAUAAUUUGUUUUUAUAAUUUUUUAUAUGUUUAUGCUUUUGCAGCCCAAAGAGCCCACAUAUUUAUUCUAAAUGUGAGGGAAUGAUUAAAUUUUUGCGUAUCUAUAUUGCUUAUAUUAUUAAAAAAAAUUCUUCUGAAAUCAAACCUUUUGAAAGGACAAGUCUCUCUGUUUUCCACUUGCUUAAACUUGUGUCAUCCCCCAGUCUUUGCUCACUGUAGUUGUCAGAUGUGUUUACAAGUCUUGACAACCUUGCACUCAGCUUUCAGCUCCUUCCUUUCUGCCGGUGGCAGUUUAUCUUCUCUGUGUCUACAAAAGUUGCUCCUUUUGUUGCUGUUUAUAGAAACAUUUGCAAUUUGUUGUAAAGUAUUUUACAACUGAGGUGAUAUAUCUUGGUUUAAAAUAUAAUUUAUGGUAACAGUGUAAUGGAUCUUCAUUACUGGGAAAGACUUCUGUAAUUGUAAAGGCAUCAUUUAGCCCUUGCCAUGAAGUAGUACGGGCCGUGACACACUGGUGUCUAAUGGGAUCUUUAGAAGAGUUUACAGAAUUUCUGCAGAAAAGAAUGAAAAUUAAGUGCCUAGAAUUUCAUAAUCCCUGAGCACUUACUGUAUUAUUAUGUGCUUGACGUGUUUUAGAAUAUAAAUAUGCAACCCAGUAAAGUAUUGCAGAGCUUAGAAUUUAAUGAUCCUAAGGAGAGUUGAUGGAAUAGCAACUGAGAACUACCCCACCUGCCUGCCCAAUACUUGCUCUGUACUUACAGCAAAUAUUAGUGCUACUUCUUGUUAUAGGGGAUGGAGAUUUUUCCUGAUGGACUGCUGCUGCACUCAUGAUAGUUUUUGGAAAUUUGAGUAAAAAUAGGUCUGUGGGAAGGGAUUUGUACAAAUACAAAGAAAUGAGGUGGUCCCAAGUGCAUGGUUGCACUGGGAGGGGGAAGGUGAAUGUAUUUAGAAGGUGAUUGCUCCGAUGUGCAGCCAAAAUCGGGAAGGAGAGGAUAUUUAUUAUAAGCUUCAGAUCUGAAAUGAAAUUUAAGGAACAUUUACAUCCUAUUUCACUUUGGCUUCACACCCCUAUUAACUUCUUGAGUAAUUGAAAAAAAAUAUUGUAAGAUUACUUUUAAUAGUUUUACACUGGUUAGUUGCAUUUGACUCAUCUAAUUAUAGUAUGUUAUAGCACUUAGAGUGAUAUACUACAUUUAUAUAGAUUAAGCAAGAAACGUUAUGGGAAGUUUUAAUAGAGAUCAUGCCAUGCUAUGCCACUGCAAAUACAGAAGUACCUGAUGUUAUUGAUCACAUACUACUGACUGAGCAUCCCCAGAGGGGAAGCAGUUUCUGAGACGAGUAGCAAGUCUUUGUGGUAAAAGAAAACUUCUUUUUAAAAGAAAAUCUGUAAAUUCAUUUCUGCUUCUGUCAGUUGAGAUCAAGUAAAUUGUUUUAGUUCUGUGAGCUAUCUCAGAACUGAAACUUAAUUCAUCUUCUCUGAACCAAGAAUUUAUAUUAAAUCUUGUAUAGUAGUGCAUGUUUCUCAGAUCUAUGAACUUGUACUGAAUUUUGAGGGAAAGAACACAUGCAUAUGCUGUUACUAUUUCAGUGGCAAGCUGUAGAUUAUAGUGAAUGUUGUUUCUGUACUGACGUUCAUCGUGUUUGUCUAGUGCCUUUCUUUUAAGGUGCCAAUGGUUUGUCUCUUAAGAGGUUGUUGAAGCAGAAGGGUCUUUAGUGAACUCAUUUUUAUUAUGAAAGUUGGUAUGUAUACAUUCUGCAUAGUUUGAAUUAACUUGCUUUACACAUGGCUCGAGUUCUCUUGGGAACAUUUCACAGGAGUGUUACUUCUUCUGUGUUGCUGGUAGAAGAUUAUGUCCCUGGGCACAUGGACAAGGACGCACUGUAAUUUAGGGCACUUUGUAGUUUUGUGAAUCUUGUGUACCUGAAAAGGAGAAAUAAAGUAUUUACAGACAAAUUAUUUACCACUUAAUGUGAGCUGAAAACCUCUCUCCUGGUCUUAAGGUAUUUUACAAAUAUUCAUCCUCAUCUUUCUAUUUACUUAAGGUAGUGUCAAUAUUUCAUUCCUUUAUUAUCUUUUACUUUUGACCAGCAUGUUAAAUGUUGCAUAAACUUCUAAAGUGAUUGUAUUUCUAAGACUUCAUAGUUAUAAUAUUCAGUAAAGAGAAUCUACAAUAUUAUUGGCACUGCAGAAAAGCCCGAUAUGAAUUUGAUAUUGUAUAAAUAUGAUUUUGUAGUGAAUGGAUAGUGUAUCUUUGCUAUGUAUUGAACAUGAAUAAAAAAACCAAACAUUUCUUUUAAUCCCCUACCUGGCUGUGGCAGAGAUGCAUUUGCUUACAUGCAUAUGUAAGAACAAGUGUGUGUGUGUCUAUUUAUAUAUAUUAUAUAUGUGCAUAUAACUGAAGUCAUUAUUUUUAAAGUACUAUAUCAUUGUGUUAAAAUUAUAGUCUGGAUUCUGCUACUUUUAAGUAAGCAAUGUUUUUAAUUCCCUAUGGUGUUUACAAAAACCCUGGUUGCUGAUGUAUGAAUACUUUCAUGAACAAUAAAUAUAUGCCCCAAAAGUGUCAUUUA